CUCGAUCCUCUCCAGUACAUAUGAAGUUGUUUGGCGCUAUCCUCGUCGCGUCCGCUGCUGCCACCAAGCAGUCCGUGAGCACGCUCUCAGCUGACGAGCGCUCCGUGCUGCGCGCCGAGUUGAGCAAGUGGCGCAAAGAGUUUGGACCUGCCGCCAAGAUGCGGGGGCUGAUGCCCCGUGCCACCGAAAGCUUGAGUCCGUUGGAGGAGGAAAACGACGCGCUCCAGCGGUUCUACAACAACAAACUCGCGAUCGAAGAGGCCCGUCGCAACAACCCCGAAGCCACGUUCAGCUCCAAUCACCCGUUUGCUCUCAUGACACAGGCUGAGUUCAAGAAGUUCGUGGAAGGUGUGCACCUGGAGGAAAGCCGCAGUGCGUUCCGCUCGGUUCCCGAGGCCGACUUGAACGUGAGCAGCGUCAAGGCGGCGUCGGUGGACUGGACCACUGGCAAUUGCGUCAACCCCGUGCGCAACCAAGGCCAGUGCGGAUCGUGCUGGGCCUUCUCGGCCGUGGGUGCCGCGGAGUCGGCGCACUGCAUCGUGACGAAGGACCUCCUCGACCUGUCCGAGCAGCAAGUGACGAGCUGCUCCACCGAGAGUGGCAGCGACGG